AACCUUUAGACUUUGGACUCAUCACCAUGGCAGCUGAGGAGAGAGAAACAGUGUCAGAGAGAGAGAAACAGAAGAGAGUCAAAGAGAGAUCUGAAGAACAACAAUGGUGAGAGCACCUUGCGUUGACAAAAAUGGUAUCAAGAAAGGAGCUUGGAGCGAAGAAGAAGAUAACCAAUUACGAGCUUACGUUCAACGUUAUGGCCAUUGGAAUUGGCGUGAACUUCCCAAAUAUGCAGGGUUAGCUAGAUGUGGCAAGAGUUGUAGAUUGCGUUGGAUGAAUUAUCUUCGACCAACUGUGAAACGUGGAAAUUUUAGUAAAGAAGAAGAAGAUCUCAUCGACAAGUAUCAUAGAGAAAUGGGAAACAAGUGGUCAGCCAUAGCUGCAAAAUUACCAGGAAGAAGUGAUAACGAGAUCAAAAACCAUUGGCACACACACCUGAAAAAACGCACUUCUAAACACAAUCAAGAUUUCUCCAAAAAAGAAGAAGAAAGUUCUUCAAUUGAACAGAUUAUGCAAUUUACAGGUCAACCUCCAAGCUUUAUUUCCAAUGAGUCAAUAGCAUCUCACAGAUUAUCAAACGAGUCAUUGGUAUCCGAAAGACUUUUUGAUGACACAUCAUCACAUUCUUCACGUAUAGAGAAUCGAUUACUGAUAGAUUUAAAUCAAGAAUAUGUUUUAGAGGAGGAAUGAAGAUAAGGGUAUCAAGUGGAAAGCUGAUAUGACAAAAGUAACUGUUUCAAAAGAGGUAAAGUCUUUAAUCCCGAAUGAAAGGAUUGAAAACUUUUUAACUGUUGUUUGUUGUAAAUUAAACAACAAUUUCCUCAACUUCCAUAUCAAUUUGUUAUUUCUUUCUUUCUUUAUAAAAUCUGUCUUAAUUUAUUAGUUAUAUGACCUACCAAUAACUUUAAUCAUGAUUUUGAGUUUUGGGGUGUUACAACUUACAAAAACAUGAAUGAGUGGGAUUUGUAACUUAUAAGCUUAUACCUACUACAACAGGCAAAUGAAAUGACCAAAAUGCCCCUAGUGAAACACAAUGAGUAAAACUGAACCUAUUUAAAGAGGGAAAAAGGGUUUAAUUGUGCCCCACCCAUCUUCCAAAUCUUGAGAGAUGCCUUAACAUUGAUGCCAGUUGCAUUGUUGAACAAGAAUACUUUGGCUGAUUCAUAGAUUGCCUUUGUAGGAUACACUCUUGAUGUUAUCACUAUUCUUCCUUCUUGUGCAAAGCUUUCUACUAUUGAAUGAUCCACCUGCAUCGAGGGCAAAUUUGUAAAACAGUCAUUUUAUUACAAACCAAGACAAAAAAAAAGUUACAAGAACCUCAAAUAGAAUUUUUUGGGACUAAAGUUGCAAGAGAAAACUUUUUGGGCCAAAAUUUUAAAAAAAUCAACUCAGGGACCAAAAAUGUAAUUUAUGGUUAUCUUUUAUAAACCCUAGUUUUAGAGAAGUCACAUACCAAUAACCUCAUGUUGUAGUUUUCACCAUGAAGGACAGGAACACUACUUCCAUACACCAUUUUGCCCACAUCUAAAAGCUUUGAUGAUCUACAUCAAAAUUAAAUUCCAUAAAUUGUUUAGCAAACUAAAUAAGGGCAAAAAUGGAAAAGGCAAAAGAAGAUAAUAGUAACCUUGAUUCAUCAGCACAAAAAUAAGUUCUCGAGGUGCCAUCAAUGUUUUUUGCAAUAUAGAAAUACACUGGAGUUUGCUCGGUUAGUGAUGCAUCGGCUAGGACCACGAGCCCAAACGGUCCCAAAACACCCCUUGCGGCUGAACCAUCACUUGUGGUGCAGUUGAACAAAACAUCGGCUUCUAGGGUUGCACCCAACAUCGCACUGUCUACCUCGAAUGAGGCAGUUAUGUCCAACUAUAAUAUUUGUCAAAAAAAUUAUCAGUCCAUAUCACUGUUAACUACAUAAAAAAAAAGUUAUUCUUCCAUUAACUUUGAGCUGUACAUUUGGCCUACACUGUAAACUAGUUAUACAGUGGCCCACUGACUGGUGUUUUCAAGGAGGCCAAUCCACAGGGGAUAGAUAAAAUGAAAAUGGUUGGUACAAUACCUGUGUGGCGGAACCUAUAUCAAGUGGUAUGAGUGAUCCAGGCUGCAACUCCACGUCUUUAAAUUCGUUGUGCUUUUUAGAUCUCAAAGUUUCAACUUCCUCAACCGGCCAUUGAAUCAAAUUUCUUUGUGUCUUAGUGUCCAAUACUACGGAUCUUGGAAUGUUC